UGUCUGGUCAGAGCAAAUAACAACGUUUAUGUUACAUUAUAGUUAUUGAGCCAUUAACAAUGUGUGAAAAAAAGACCAUGUAGGUUUAAGUACAGAGCUGGGGUUAUCAAGCUUUCCAGAAUCCAGAACAUUUCAACUUUAAAUAAAGAGAAAACUACUUUUGGGAGCUUUUCUCUUUGACCCUUCAGACAGACACUAUAGCAAUAUAGUGCUAUAGCAGUGCAGGGAUUUGUAGUUCAAGGCUCUGUUGCCUCCAAUUCCCAGAAGCUCCAGCAUCAAUUCUUUUUGACUAGAGGUGCUCUGCCAGUUGAGUCAUUUAUUGACGGGCUGCCAGCCAAUACACAGACAUCUCUUUCUCUCUCUCUCUUAUCUGCCUCUCGCCCAUCAUCUCUCACUUAGCUCUCUCCCUCCCUUCCUCUCUUUUCCCCCUCAUCAAGUAAUCUCAGUCUGUACCUCACUAUCUCUCUGCAGCUCUUUCUCCCUCCCCUUUCCCUCGCUCACUCUCUCUUUCUCUCUCUCAUUUAUUGUUCUCUCCCUCCAGAAGCUCCUCCACUCACACACACAGUCGUACCCAGCCAUAUGUUGCAGACACAGCUCCAGCAGCCAGCCAGCCAGUCGCUUCAUUCAUCAUUCAUUUUCCAGAAUAGGGACUCGUACAUCAGCAGCACAGGGGUUUUGUGUUUGAUGACUACAGCAGUGAAUCUCCAGCAGAGGAACAAAUCGAAGACAGACACAAAGUGUUGAAGUGAGGAGAGGUUAUUGUCGCGAGGCGGCAGCAUGACUGCUUACCUAAGCAAACAGCGGAGUUGCUUUGCGGACUUCGAUGGAGGGGGGGACUGUGGGGGAGUGCCAUGUUCUUUCAGCUUGCAUCAGCAGCAGCCAGGGAAUCAGCACCGCCUUCAUCAUCCAGGAAAACAGUACCAUUAUGGAUCCGUCCCUGGUGGGGCCACUCUUCCCAGAAGGGGAGGUCAGCGGGUGAUGGACUGGCACUCAGAAAGCGUGUCCUGCAGAAGCCCGAGCCGCAUGGUGUCGGUAAGAGCCAAGGGGGGGAGCUGUGACUUGUGGCCCCCUGAGUGUGGCUGCGCGCAGAGCUGGCAGGACCCCCAUCAGGCCAGUCCUGCCCCCAUCAUCGUCAACACAGACACGUUGGAUUCAGUUCCUUAUGUCAAUGGCACUGAAAUAGAAUACGAGUUUGAGGAAAUCACUCUGGAGCGGGGUAACUCAGGAUUGGGCUUCAGCAUCGCCGGGGGGACAGAUAACCCGCAUAUUGGUGACGACCCCGGCAUCUUCAUCACCAAGAUCAUCCCUGGAGGUGCUGCAGCAGAGGAUGGACGCCUGAGAGUGAAUGACUGCAUUCUCCGGGUGAAUGACUCAGAUGUGUCUGAAGUCUCCCACAGUAAGGCAGUGGAAGCCUUAAAGGUUGCCGGUUCUAUAGUCCGACUGUAUGUGCGGCGCCGCAGGCCAAUGCUGGAGACCAUCAUUGAGAUCAAACUUAUCAAAGGACCAAAAGGGCUUGGCUUCAGUAUUGCAGGUGGAGUUGGGAACCAGCACAUCCCGGGUGACAACAGCAUAUACGUUACCAAAAUCAUAGAUGGCGGGGCAGCACAGAAGGAUUGCCGGCUACACAUUGGAGACAGGUUGUUAAUGGUGAACAACUACUGUCUGGAAGAAGUGUCUCAUGAAGAAGCUGUGGCCAUUUUGAAGAACACGUCGGAUGUGGUUUACCUGAAGGUGGGAAAGCCCACUAAUGUCUACCUAUCAGAUCCCUAUGGGCCUCCAGAUAUCACACACUCUUUCUCUCCAGCCAUGGAAAACCAUAUCUCUUCUCCUAUCAACAGUGGCACUCUGGAGUACAAGUCUAGCCUCCCCCCCAUCUCCCCAGGGAGUUAUUCCCCCCUCCCUAAGCACUUAUUGGGGGAAGAGGAUAUAAACAGGUUGGAUGGUUUUUCCUUCUUACGAAAUCCCUCUCUAGAUGACGGGGAGGGUCACAGGUUUGAUUCUCAGCACUUCCAGUUGAGGCCUCCUGAGCCAGUUUACAGCACUGUGAACAAACUUUGUGACAAAGCACCCUCCCCCCGACACUAUUCCCCAGUAGAGUGUGAAAAAAGCCUCCUGCACUCUGCCCCCCUCCCAAACUUUCACUUAAGCCUGUUCCCUGAGUCGGACAUCAACAGGGACCCCAGGAAGGUGGUGCUCCACAAAGGAUCCACAGGCCUGGGUUUCAACAUCGUGGGAGGUGAGGACGGCGAGGGCAUCUUUGUCUCCUUCAUCCUGGCAGGAGGGCCUGCUGACCUGAGUGGAGAGCUGAGGAGAGGAGACCAGAUCUUAUCGGUUAAUGGGAUUGACCUGCGAGGUGCAACACAUGAACAAGCAGCAGCAGCACUGAAAGGAGCCGGACAGGUGGUCACCAUCUUUGCCCAGUACAGACCAGAAGAACUUGCUCUAUGCUCCCCAAGACGGGCCCACUCUCCUGCACCAGAGUACGGGCGUUUUGAGGCCAAAAUCCAUGACCUGCGGGAACAGAUGAUGAACCACAGUAUGAGCUCUGGCUCAGGUUCCCUGCGAACCAAUCAGAAGAGAUCGCUCUAUGUGAGGGCGCUGUUUGACUACGAGAGGUCGAAGGACAGCGGCCUCCCCAGCCAAGGGCUCAGCUUCAGGUACGGGGACAUACUCCAUGUCAUCAACGCCUCAGAUGACGAGUGGUGGCAAGCCCGCCGCGUCACCCCACAUGGGGAUAGUGAGGAGAUGGGUGUGAUUCCAAGCAAAAGAAGAGUGGAGAGGAAAGAGCGGGCGCGUCUAAAGACGGUGAAGUUCAACUCCAAGCCGGGGUCGUUUGAUUCUAAAGGGUCAUUCAAUGACAAACGUAGAAAGAAUUUCAUCUUUACACGAAAGUUCCCGUUCUACAAGAACAAAGAGGGUGAGCAGGAUGGCAGUGACUCGGACAGAAGUCAAGAUGAUGUCAUCAUCUCAUAUGAACCUGUGAUGAGGCAAGAAAUUGAUUACGCCCGGCCCGUCAUCAUCCUUGGACCGAUGAAGGACAGGAUCAAUGAUGAUCUGAUUUCUGAGUUCCCUGACAAGUUUGGCUCAUGUGUGCCACCAGCCAACAAUUCAGGGCGAGACGAUACGACUCGGCCGAAGAGGGACUACGAAGUGGACACACGAGACUACCACUUUGUGAACUCCAGAGAGCAGAUGGAGCGGGACAUUCAAGAGCACAAGUUCAUCGAGGCGGGACAGUACAACGAUAAUCUGUAUGGAACCAGUGUCCAGUCUGUGAAAUAUGUGGCAGAGAGGGGUAAGCACUGCAUCCUGGAUGUGUCUGGAAACGCCAUCAAACGACUACAAGUAGCACAACUUUAUCCCAUCGCCAUCUUCAUUAAACCUAAAUCUAUUGAUUCAUUAAUGGACAUGAAUAAGAGACUGACAGAGGAACAAGCCAAGAAGACAUUCGACAGGGCGAUGAAGCUGGAGCAGGAGUUUGCUGAAUACUUCACAGCCCUGGUUCAAGGAGACACCUUAGAGGACAUUUAUAACUUCUGCAAACAGGUCAUAGAGGAACAUUCAGGACCCUAUAUCUGGAUCCCCUCAAAGGAGAAACUAUAAUAACUCAUCACCCUCUCAUCAGGACUCUGGACUGCUAGAGAACUAGUAAUAAGUUGUAACAUAUGGUAACUGUAUGGCGGUGAAUAGUCUUCAUGAAUAAUUAUUGUGAAUAUGUUUGAUUUCUUCUUUUUGUCUUUUCUUUGGUUAUUGUUUCAUUUUUCACUCAACAUGAUUAGUUACUUGUGAAUAUGUUUGAUUCCUUGUUUGUCUUUUGUUUGGUUAUUGCUUCUUUUUUCACUCAAUAUGAAUGUUCCUGAAUGUAAACCACAAAGUGUUUGGAUGUUUCAGGUCUUGAAACAUGAUCCGUUUGUAUAUUUUGUUCACUUUAAUUUGUCCAAAUAGGAAAAUGUAGUAAAACUAAAUUAAUUUCCAGGUUGUGUCCACAUCAGCACAGUGUGGACUUUCAAACAGGAAACUGAAGGUUGCAGCUUGAAUGCAGAUUUCUUUGCUUCACUGAUGAGGACAGUAGGUGUUUAGACUACAGCAGCCCUACCCUGUCUCCACACUGCAGGAUCUAUCAAAUCCAUAUGAAGUUUAAGGUUUUUGUCUGAUUUUGCUUUUUUUCUACAUCAUCUUUUCUUCCUUGAAUUCCUGUAUUUAUUUCUCUGACAAUAUGUAAGGCAAACGUAAAAUGUUUUUCAUGUUUUUUAUUUAUUUAUUUAUUUAUUGAAGCAGACAUUACACAUCUGCCUUUUGCAUUGACAAUGACAAGUAAAGGGAGAGAGAGAUGUAACAUUAUAUUUUGCUACUUAAAUUACCAGAGGUUCAAAACAAAAAAAAGCACAGAAUUAUUUAUAAGUGAGAAUUAAACUUUGAUUAAAAGGUUAUUUAAGGAGCAUAUUCUGUUGGAGUGAUGUAGUAUGUUGUGUCUGUGCUAACACGGUGGAGUUAUGGGGAGAGGGGGAUUUGAUGUUCAGUGUGUUUUGUAGACUCGGGGUAGAGAGGAUGGUCGGAGGGGUGAUUACAUUUAUUACUGAAACACUUUUUAGCUUUUGAGACAAAAGCAGGACAAAUACAAAUAGUUUUUAAAAGCAUAUAAAUAUAUGAAAGAAAAAGGAUAAAGUGUAAAAGAACUGAAUAACUCAGAAUAAUGUGUAGCAGCAUUAAAGAGUCUUUCCUGAUUCAAAAGAAUAAAAAGGUGAUUUUAUUUUGAAGAGAUUCUGGUUCAGAUGCCUUGUUCUCCUCAGGCUGUUCCAAAGUUCUGAAUAUUAAGAAGUCUGAUAAUAAUGAAUGAAAGUAAAGCUCACAGCCUGACCCUCUUGUUCCUGCACAUUGGCUUUCCGUCUGUGUUUCCAGACAGCACGUCACA